CACCAGAUCCAAGAUGGCGGCCAGCAGGAGGCUGAUGAAGGUCUCGUCAAAUUGCCAAGUCUGAUAUUGAAACUGGCGAUCUUCCUACCUCAGCUUCCAGAAUUGCUGGGGUUACAGGAGCUUGAAGAGAUCCGCAAAUGUGGAAUGAAAAACUUCCGUAACAUCCAGGUUGAUGAAGCUAAUUUAUUGACUUGGCAAGGGCUUAUUGUUCCUGACAACCCUCCAUAUGAUAAGGGGGCCUUCAGAAUCGAAAUCAACUUUCCAGCAGAAUACCCAUUCAAACCACCGAAGAUCACAUUUAAAACAAAGAUCUACCACCCAAACAUCGAUGAAAAAGGGCAGGUCUGCCUGCCAGUAAUUAGUGCUGAGAACUGGAAACCAGCAACCAAGACCGACCAAGUAAUCCAGUCCCUCAUAGCACUGGUGAACGACCCCCAGCCCGAGCACCCGCUCCGGGCUGACCUAGCUGAAGAAUACUCUAAGGACCGUAAAAAAUUCUGUAAGAACGCUGAAGAGUUUACAAAGAAAUAUGGGGAAAAGCGACCUGUGGACUAAAUUCUGCCGCAAGUGAUUCCAGCAAGUGUGAGCAGAGACCCCGAGCAGUGCAUUCAGACACCCCGCAAAGCAGGACUCUGUGGAAAAUUGACACGUGCCACCGCCUGGCGUUUGCUUGUGGCAGUUACUAACUUUCUACAGUUUUCUUAAUCAAAAGUGGUCUAGGUAACCUGUAAAGAAAGGAUUAAAAAUUUCAGAUGUUCUAGUUUUGCUUUCUUUGUUUUAAAAAUCACUGCUUCAAUCUACUUCAAAAGAAUGGUGUUUCUUUUGUCCAAAUUUAUCCCAAAUCUUCAAGUUACAUUUAGCCCAUAAGGUUAAAAAAAAAAAUAAGGUUGUGGUUCCCCUUCUUCCCUGCCCUUGCAACUUCCACUUUCUCACAGUUUAUUUUUCAUAUAUUUACUUCCUCAGAACCAAUUACCCUGUGCUCCACAAAGGAGAAGAAAUGGCUCUGGUGAUUUUUCUUCUCCAAUAUCACACUGCCCCAUGUGGGAAUUAGUUCAAAUUCUCCUGCUGCCAAUUUAUAACAUUCUUCUAAAAAAUUACAAAACAAGGACCCCCCCCCC